AUGAGCUCCACUUUGUCAAGGGAUCAUGAUGAUCUUCGCAGACAAAACGAGGAAAGCCCGCGGAUAUUGAAGCUAGUAUGUGCAGCCCAUGAAUUUCAAUCCAGGUUGUUCUCCGCCAUACGAGAUGAAAUAAGCCGUACUGAGGAUGAAGGAUGGCGGAGUUCUCAAGUCUUCAUGAAAUCUCUCAAGUCACAUGAACCAUGGCCAGUCGAACAAUACGAAGAGUACGAUGCUCAGAGGAGGGUUUUACUGAGUCAACUGAAGAUUGCUAGGACUACUGUUGACACUCUGCCCGCUCCGAUUGCCAUAGCUGAUUGGAAGGGUGACCUGCCUGAUUGUUCAGCGGUAGAUCUACGAUAUGAUUGUUCCGCCUGGGCCGAAGCUGUGUGUACUGAGUUUAAUCUUUGCAGGAGCUUGAUACAUGCGCGGAAUUCAAAGUACUACAGUUUGGAUGUCAUGGACAGAACGGUCCACCCAGAAUGGGCCAAGCGGGCUAUUGACCUGUUUGAGUAUUUCUGGUUGCAUCCAAGCAGCAACAGUGAGGAACAAUUGCCUUCUUCUACAUCAAUGAGUAUAGCUGAUUUUCCAACCCACUUUGAUUCAAACUCUGGGAUGAUGAAAGCAGUGGCGGCGCUGGGGGAUUCUCGUUCAGACUUGAGAUCAGAUGUGUCUGAUGACGGGAUGGGUGCAGCAGUGGCGCAGCUGAGUAGGUCCGACCCGGAGCUCCCAAGAGGUAGUACACAACUGUCAUUUCCUCAUGUGUUGAGGAGGAUAUGGACCUGGAAAUCAGCUUCCGGCUCAUGGCCGAUCGAGACGGAUAAGGAGCAUUCGGACUUGACUUGCGAAACACAUGUGCAGCACAAAGGGAUGAAAGGACUUCUUCCUGACGAGGUAUCAAAUUCGUUCUCCGAUAUUAGUUGA